AUGGGGAGUGUAUCCAACGAGACCGGAUACGAAGGAGUUCUCGUCGACGAGAAUCAGCAGUUUAUACUGGACGACACCGCCGACCGACCGCGAACGAACCUCAAGAACCUCAAGAACCUCAACAAUCUCAACAACCUCAACAACCUCAAUGACCUCAAAAACCUCAAGAACCUCAACAAUCUCAACAACCUCAACAACCUCAAUGACCUCAAUGACCUCAAUAACCUCAAGAACCUCAACAAUCUCAACAACAUCAACAACCUCAACAAUUUCAACAACCUCAACAACCUCAAUUACUUCAACAACCUCAAAAGCCUCAAUAACCUCAACAACCCUAUCAACCCCAACAACCUCAACAACCUCAAGAACCUCAAAAAUUUCAACAACCUCAAUGACCUCAAGAACCUCAACAAUCUCAACAAUCUCAACAACCUCAAUGACCUCAAUGACCUCAAUGACCUCAAGAACCUCAACAAUCUCAACAACAUCAACAACCUCAACAAUUUCAACAACCUCAACAACCUCAAUUACUUCAACAACCUCAAAAGCCUCAAUAACCUCAACAACCUCAACAACCCUAUCAACCCCAACAACCUCAACAACCUCAAUUACUUCAACCACCUCAACACCAUUCCAUUCCAGCACACGUGUGUUUAUCGCCAUUCAAAGAUCGGAAUGUCGUGA